AUGGGUGACGGACCGGCCAGUCGCGGCCCCGGUUCUGCCCCUAGCAGCCCCGAAACAACCUACCCAUCCGGACGACGAACCGGACCCGGGGUCGGAGCCGGCCGCGGAGGCCGUGUAACACCAACCACACUAGCCCCUUUAACCACGUCGACCAGCACCACCACUCCCUUUCGCCAUCAAUCAGUCCGCAUUCAAGAGCCCCUUGAGCGGCGCCCUCUCCUGGCCCAGCGCGCCACCUUCCCGCACACCCUCGACGGAGAAGUUUAUGCCUGCGGCGGCAGCUACGGCGCCAACGACGACGAUAACAACAACAACAACCCUUCUUAUAGCAGCAACAGUAAUCAUCAUGCCCCGCACCGCGACCUGCCCGUCUAUACCACCAUCCACCGCAUCCGCCGCGACAUCAUCUCGGUCGUCGAGGACUACCUCUCGCUGGACCAGCUGCGCGACGUGCGCCUCAACGUGAGCGUCAUUCGCCCGCUCGUCGACAAGUUGUACGAGCAGGACGACAUCUCCAUCGUCUAUUGCCUGCUAGUUAACCGCGCCCAGUUCCUGGCCGAGCAGGCGCACCUCAGCAACCGGCAGAAUGUGAAUUUCACGCGGGCCAUGCUGUGUGAGCUGAUCGCGACGCGGAUCUUGAGGCGGUUCAACGAGGAUAAUGAGGAGCCUGGGGGCGGUGGCAGGAAUCUAUUGGUGCUGGCGCAUAUCCUGAUUGCUGGGUUUGAGCCGUUCCAGAACGCGCCCGAGGAGAUUCGCCGCGAGGUGGGAGCGUCGACCGCGCAUCAUCGGACGUUGCCCGCGCUCGAGGUGGCGAUUCUGAGUGAGAGCCGGAUCUUCUUGGCUAGUACGAGCUGCCAGAAGAUUGUCGAUGCCAUCUAUGAGGGGAGGGUCGUUUAUACUCCGUCCAGCUUCAUGGAUCUUAUACCGGACCGAUACAAGCAGCGGCCUAUCUCGCUGUACAACCCACGAGAGGGGCCCCUGCUCAACCACUACCGCCUGGUGGUGCCGCGGACGAGGAAGUACCUCGAGAUCAUGCACUUUGUGGUGCUGCUGGGGUUGUACCUCGCCUUCAUGAGCGAGCGGGAUGCCACGAUGAUCAGCGAUCUCGAGUUGUGCUUCACUGUCUAUGCCUGCGGAUGGGUGUUGGACCAGUUUGCGACGCUCCUGGCACAUGGGUGGGACGUGUACGCCCAGAAUUUGUGGUCUUUUCUAGAUGUCACCUUUGCCAUCAUCUACUGGGUCUACAUGGCCCUCCGCGUCUACGGUUGGUGGACGGGGAGCGUCGAGGCAGGCCAGCAGGCCCUCGACGUGUUGGCCAUGGGUGCCCCGGUGCUUAUUCCCCGCCUGGCGUUUAACCUGCUUUCCGACAACCUAGUGUUUCUGUCUCUUCGGUCCAUGAUGUCGGAUUUUGCGCUGCUGUCUCUUUUGGCGACGUGGUGCUUUCUCGGCUUCCUGCUGUCGCUGCUCUGGCUGGGUAAUGGCAGUUUUGGCGCUGCGACCAUCAGCAAGUGGAUGAUUUACAUCUGGUUUGGCUUGGACGGGUCAGGGAUUCAGCACUCGAUCGAGUUCCACCAAAUCCUUGGCCCCUCCCUCAUGGUCACGUUCGCCUUCCUCGGCAACACCCUUUUCUUGACCAUUCUCGUCUCGAUGCUGUCCACCACGUUCAGCCACAUCGUCAACAACGCUCCAGCCGAGAUCCAGUUUCGCCGCGCCGUCAUGACCCUCGAGGGCGUCAAAGGGGACGCUAUCUUCGCAUACCCUCCGCCCUUCAACAUCCUAGCCAUUCUUAUCAUGGUCCCGCUCAAGUUCUGCGUCUCUCCGCGCUGGUUCCACAAAAUUCACGUCAUGUCGGUCCGCCUCAUCAACCUACCCAUCCUGCUCGUCAUCGCCUUCGCCGAGCGCAGCUCCCUCUCACCGCACAAACCCACACCCCUAUCCCCGGCGCCCAGCGUCGCCAAGGGCCACCCGGUUCUCACCAAACUCCGCCGCCGAUUCUGGGACCGCUGGCGCAUCACCAGCCACAGCGACAUCUCGACCGUCUUCGAGGUGCCCCUCCCGGACUCGGUGCUCAACGAGAUCGCCGCCGACGACGACCUGACGAGGCACCUGAUCCGCAGGCAGUUCGCUUCCUCGAGCAGCAAGCACUCGCCGGUCGAACAUCAGCACCAGCCACUACCGCAACCCUCACCGGUGUUGGUGAAACCCGGACCGCAGCAGCAGUGGCAGCAGCCGCAACAGGGCGGACAGAGGGCGGGCAGGAGGAACAGCAUUGCGCCGUUUCCGGGUUUGAGGGCUGAGUUACAGGGCGUGCUGAGCGAGAGCGACGAGGUGACCGAUAUCACGGCGCGGUUGGAGGCGCUGGAGGGGAGCAUACGGCGGAUCGAGCUGUAUUUGGGGAAGUUGGUGGGCGGCGGGGCGGGUGCAGGUGCGGGUUUGGUGAGCAGUCCCGUGAGUGCGGAGAGCGAUGGGGAGGAGGCGGUUGAGGAUGACAGUUCUCCGGCGACGGAGGAAGUGGAUAGGACGACGAGGAGGAGGUCGUUGUCGUUGGCCGAGUUGAAUCGAGAAGCGGAGGAGGAGUGA